UGUGCUUGUUGUUUAUUCAGCCUGCAAAUAAAACAUAUGUGACUGGUUCAUCAUAAUAAAGCUGGAUGACUAAUGGAGAGCUGACUGGCAAGUAAAAGCAGUCAGGAAAUCAAUAGACUCAUCUUUCAACAGGAUAACUGUAAACACAAUGGCCUGCUGCGAUUUUGUAAUACGAAGGUCAUGUUGGCUUCAGAACACAAGGAUUUCUGCAUUCCCUAGCUACAAGAAGUCUUUCCUUAAAUUUGAUAGUUAAUCUCUUUAUCUUAGUGUUUAGUCUAAUCAGCCAUUUAAUUCGAAAGAGUAUGCCUAAGGAGAGCAUGUCAAUUAAAAGUAUACACAUAAUUAAAGGAACAAAAAGCUUAGCUUCUUCAGGAGUAAGGUAUUGAUUUGCAUCUUUAGGAUAAACUUAACAUACGGUUCAAAUGACAAAUGAAAUGGGUCGCAAAGAAGCACAUUACUUACAGACUUCAAAUUGUGAUUCAGGGGCCCAGCAAAACAUGAAAAUGCGCCCAGUGCUACUGAAAAGGAACAGUCUGGAUUCAGCAGAUUGUAUGAGGCAGCCCCAGCACCGCAGGACCAAGUCCCAGCAAGUUCGGUUCAAGGAGGAUGGUGUGAAGACAGAGGUGGAACUGGUUACUAACCCUGCCCAAAAUACAGGAUUCACAACAGGGAAAGCAGAAAUAUUUAGGGAUCCUGAUUUUUUGCUACAUCAAUGUCCAUCUUUUGCAAGGGCUCAGAAGGGGCUUCGGAAUAUUGCCAUACAAACUUCUCCUAGCCUCAGGAAACACUUCCCCGCUUUUAAAAAGAAAAAGCUGACCAUAAGCAAAUCAUUAACAGAAAUGCCAACGGAUCCUGCACAUCCUAUCCAAGUAAAUGGCAGUCUUUCCGACCAAGACAUUAUGUCUUCAGAUCUCUGCUACUUACACGUAGCUAAUCAUUUGGAAAAUGGAUUAAGGGAUAGCGAGGUGGGUGGUCAGUUAAGUCAAAGACCAUCAAAAGCACAAAGCAAUGGGCCUAUCCACUCCAAUGAUUUCUCAGUAUCAGAGAAGACAGCUGUUUCUACACAGGUGCCUGAAUACAUACAUGUGAGUUUUCCACAAGACAGCAGUGUUUCCAUGGACGCAUCAGACCCAACCAUGAAUUCAAAUAAUUCACUGCAAUAUUCUACUGUCAUAAAAAGCUAUGACAAUAGCGAGAACAGCACACUGCCAUCUAUUUCUGAGCAAGCAUACCCUUGCCUAAGCAAUUCUGAUAGCAGGGAAUGUAACCCUCAUUCUGACCCUUACGAAGUGGAUAAAAGUGAUUCCGUGUCACUUGCAGCCAGCAAAGAUGCAAGCAGCAAGGAAACAGCUCCGUUAUCACCUCCAUCAAACCAUAGUUCAUCUCCUUAUUUCUUCAGAGACUAUCACCAGGCAGGAGAGCACAAAACAGAUGCAAGCUGUGUAACAUUAAAAAAUGAUGAUCACAAAAUAAUGUCAUUGACCAGCAGUAAUGUGUCAAAACCUACUCUGUCAUACACUGAAAUCGAGAAAAAUUCUACCCAGUCAGAUGUUUCCCAAUGUAACAGCUGUUUAGAAGGAUUUCACAUAAAGUCUUAUCUGCCAAGGAAAGAAAUAAAACCACAAACCAACGAAGAGAUUAGUGAAAUAAAUCAAAUUCAUUUGGCACAUGGACAACUCUGUGCCCUACAGGGCAGGUUGCACUCUGUAGAGGAAUCCCUGCAGUCAAACCAGGAGAAGAUUAAAGUUCUUUUGAAUGUAAUCCAAGAACUGGAAAAAUCCAGAGCCCUCAGUGAAGGGCGCAACUUCUACCACACUGGUCAAGACCUCAACAACUGUAGCACCUGUCAGAACACCGCAUGUAUCAUCUACAGUGUAGAAUACGACUUCAGGCAACAAGAAGGAAGAUUUCAUCAUAUUUUGGAAAUGCUGGAUCAUGCAGAGAAAAAUCCAGCUUCAGUUUCACCUCAGAAGUUUCCACCUGAUCAUCCCACUCCUGAGAAAAAGGAGUUAAGAAGAAAACAAAAAAAAAUUAAAAGAAAAUGUUUCUGGUGGAUGUGACUACCUUAUAGAUUCUUUUACAUUUUAAAAGACAAUAGAACAAAGAUGUGUGGGAGCCCACAACUGAAAAUGUGCUAUUAAAAACUUACAGAGCUAAAGAAUGUUUGGGUAGCUGAAAAGUAAGAAUUGCCUUUACUUAAAUAAUCUCACUGAAUAAAGGCUCAUGAAGACACCAUUUUAAAAAUAAUUCUUUCAAAAGGAAGCUUUCUUUUCCCAAGCAGACUUUCAUAUGCUUUGUAAAGACAUAUUUUUCACCCUCCAAAAAUAAGUAGCCGACAAUGCUAAGGGUGUCACAGUCUUCAUUUCCUGUUUAUAGGCUUAAUGGAUUAAAAGGAAAGAACUUCAGAGCUUUAAACAAAACACAUAAUCGAGAAUAAACUAUUAUUGAUGCCAUGAGACAGUCUCAUUCAAAUUUCUCCUCAAAGGAGAAAAUUACUUCACAUCAACACUGAAAUAUUUUUGUUGCUGCCAUCUAGUAUUUAACAAAAAUUAAAAAAAAUAAUUUGAGAUUUAGUUUUACUCUGUCCAUUUAUCAGAUCAAAUUAAAAAGCAAACAUUAAGAAGUUUCACCCAUUUAAUAGACUUUCCAGACAAAGACCGUAAAAUCAGAAACAAUAAAAUUCCUCUAAUUCUAGUCUUAACCCCCUACUCAAGCCAAGUUCAAUUAGGUGAACUUGAGUUUUGUGUAUCCCCAAAAACAAGAAGCCACAACCCUUCAGAGCAAGAUGUUCCAAAAUUUCUAACAUCUAAUCUGAAUUUCUUAUAUUUUAACUUGUGCCUAUUACAUCUUUCCCUAUCCAAAUACACCUUCAAGAAGAAUUAGACAGAUAUUAGGACCUCUCUCCUAAGCCUGCACUUCUUAAAGCCUGAAUACAUCCAAUUUGCACCCUCUCUUCACAUCAAAAGUCCAGAGUAAUCAUGGUGGCCUCUCUCUUGCCCAUGCUUGAGCAGGCUGAUGUCUUGCAUCUAUCUGGAAGCCUAAAACUGGACACAGUGCCUCAGAUGUCACCAUGACAUUGCUGAAGAGAAGGGAUUAACUGCUUUGGCUGCUGUCUUGCUAAAUCACUUUCCCAGUUUGUACAUCCUGUACCCCUACACAUUUUAAACCUAUAUCAUUAUACCAAAAUAUGCCAAUGUGUUUUUUUGGCCUUAAGAUACAAGUCAAUAUAGGAUAGAAAAUUUAUCAUAAAUAAUUACUGAACUUAUUUUUAUUAUAUUAAAGAGAAUUUAUAUGCUGGAAAGACAACCUGAUUUCAAUGCAGCUAUUUCUUUCCUUCAAAAACAGUUGCAUUACCAGCUAGUCUAAGGUAUCCUCAUGUAACAGAAUUUAGGCUUGAUAAUAGUAUCAUCUUGCUCACAAAAACAUGAUUAUCUUCCACACAGGGAGCAGAGAGGAAAAUUUUCUGAAGCAAGUUUAAAGGGCAGACUGUAAAGGCUGAAUAAUGUAUUUUUAGUGGAAUGUACUGCAGACCUUUUCUUAGAAGUGACUGAUUAAUUAGUUCAAAUGUUUCCAGGAUAUUCAGUAGACUAACCCCAUAAUCCUAUUUUUUAAAUCAUAUCGUAUUAAUUGUACUAAGUUAGUUUAAAAUGUCUGUAGACUUUUAGUACACUUCUGUGUUCCUAGGGUUAAUCACACAUUUGAAAACACAUUUAAAAGUAUUUUGCACAGAAGAUAUUAUCUGAAAGAAUAAAGGUUUUUGUUAAACCUAGUCUUCAUUUAGAAGAGAGCAUGAUGUGUGACAUGUCUUAGUUUGUAACAUUCUAAAAGACUGACAUAUUAAAAAUCCCCUCCAUGUUAAGUUCAGUCAGUAUGGAAGUGACAGGCACAAAAAAAAUAAUCGUUAUUUUAGACUCUUUACAGAAAAAAAAACAUCAUAUGAAUUUUUACUAGCAAAAAGGAUGCCUCUAGUGAGACAGAAAAGCUCUUCAAUUUGUAACAAAGGUAACAAUUAUCUUAUUACAUCAGCACAUGUCAUUAUACUAUAUUCCAAUACAUGUACUGCUUAUGCUGGCGUGCCGACAGCAUUCCUAUUUUUUUUAGUGUCUACAAUUGAUAUAAUGAAAGAUUUGUUAGUGUGUAAACAUUUCUUGUCUAUUAAAAAUAAAAUUUUUAAGAUUAAUAUCCUCCGUUGUAAAGGUAAAAUAAUAAGCAACACCAACAGGCAUAACAGUAGUGGAACAAGUUUCUUUCUAUAGUGAACUGAUUUUCAAUAAUUUGUUAUAUAUGAAAGCAACCUUUUUAUCUUUUUGUUAAUAAGCCCCCAAAAGGCUCAUUUUAAUAUUUGAUUUCAUUUUACAGAUGUAAUUAAUACAAUGCCUUCAAUAUAUUUUCAAAGGAUACAGAUUAUCCAUUUGAAACAAAACACAGUAUUGUGGCUCACCACAUUGCACCAAUCAAUUCCUGAGGUUAGUGAAACUAUGCAUCAACAGAAAUGCCCUCUUUCAAGAAAUCCCAACCAAAGAUAUUUGAAAGGCUAAAAGUCUUUCUCCAAUACUUCUGCAAAACUGAAAUAUACCAAUUUAAAUGAUUACUGAUGUUACUCUAUAACGUCUGUUCUUGAUGGAAUUCGAACUAUAGACUAUCUUUAUUGUUUAAUCUCCCAGUUAAAAUUAUUCUGUUUUCCAUUUUCCUCAGUCAGAUGUUUUUUAAUUCUCAGUCAGUAAAGAAUGGAUUAUCCACAUAUGGAUAAGAAUGCUCUUUUUUACAUAUGCACACACAGAAGUAAGGAAACACAUAAGACACCUAGGCCAGCUGACCAUCAGCUCCCAAUGCUGCAAUUUAAGAAUUAUCAUUUGUCUUUCAUGCCUACCCUCAAUCCAGUGUUUUCAAAUGCACUCCUUUCAAAUAAACGGUUUUCCUUGGGGAAAAAAAAAUAAUAAAUUACAGUGCUGCUGAAGUACUGUCCUUCAGGAAUGUUGAUCCUAGAGUUCUCUAUUUCAGGACUUCUGUACAAAAAAGGAGAGUUGUUGGCUGCUGGUUUUUUGUUUGUUUGUUUGUUUUUCUAGCUAGAAGUAGUAGCAACAGCCAGUCAAGCUCUAAAAUAUGUAUCUAAGUUUCAAACAAAAGGCUUAUCUGAAGCACAGAAAGAGCUUCCUCAUUCUUCUUGCAGAAGCUCUGACUACCACGAACAAAAACAUGCAAUAAUGUAACUGAAAAUAAAGUAGAAGUCGACCAGAAGUAAAUGAUUCCUACAAAUAGAUAAGCAUCAGUUUCACAAUAAAACCACACCUAUUAAAUGCAAGAAAGUCUUCUACCCAGUCUUCUCCACAGUAAGUCACACACAACAGCUUCCUGCGCAAAAUUUUAAAGAAAACCUGGGCUCAAAAGGCUAUUCAUUAUGUUAAAAGGUAAGAGUGGGAAAGUUGUGGUGUGCAUCAGGCACAGUAAGAGGGUAAAACUGUUUAGUUCCUAUAGGUUUUGUUUAGCUUUAGCAUAGAAAUUUGUAUAUCCUAGUAACACAAAAUAACUUAAAGCUAAAAAUAGCUUUGUAAUCCAUAAUUGGAGAAUCUAAACUAAGUGAAAAUGUAAUAUGUAAAGAAUGUUUUUUGGUUUAUUGCUCAAUAUUUUAUUUUUUCUUUCAUCAUUUUUAAUUCCUAUAGGAAAUUAAAUAAUUACCAAUUGCAUAAUAUGUGGCUUAUGAAAUCAAUAUUGGAAAAGCAACAGAAAUGGAUACUGACUAUAAAAGUUACCCUGAUUUGAAAAAAAUAGUGUGAUGCCUAAGACCAUCUCCCCAAGUAUGAAGCAAAUAUUAGAAUUACAUAUACACACACAAAAUAUAAAAACAACCCCAAACACCCCACAAACCAACAACAAAAAUAUGCCAGAAGAGCUACUUGACAGCACUUGCAUACAAAAUUUUAAUGGGCUUCUCUGAAAGACUUUCUUAAUGACAACUACAGUAUGCUAUUUAUAAAACAGGGCACAGAACAUGGUAUAUUCCAAAACUCCUGUAUCUGAAAUUGCUGUUUUAUGGAGUCAACUUGCUUUAAAAAUUCAGAAAAGAUUUAUAAAAAAAUUAUUUCUCUGUCAUGUAACUGCAGUUCAUGUAGGGCUUUUUACAGUUUUGUGCACUAUAGCUCUUUCCAAAAAGCCACAAUACUUAGUAAUUAUGCUAGCUUAGAUGCAAAACAUCUUCCUAAUGAAAUGUAUUAUCUGAUGUAUGUUUUAUAAAUUUCUAGAUUAUUUUAAUGUGAUGUUAUCUUUUGCAAUAAAAUAUUUUUCUGUAGUUUUCAGGAGUCAAUUAAUAACAAGCAACAUUGAGAUGACAAAGGAAACGAACAGCUGUUCUUUGCAAAAACAAAAUUAAUGGGAAAUUAAAAAAUAAGUCUCUCAUUGAAUCUUUUUGCAACUUUUCUAGGUAAAGACAGGAUUUCCAUUUGAAUACUGAAUAAAAAACCUGUAACUUUUA